AUGCCAGCCUACCAGUCGCCACUUACGGGCGAUAAACGAAAGCUGCCACUUGAUACAUCCAGCAGGAAGAAAGUCGCGAUCGAGAAUGCCAUCGGAGGUCCCUCGGCGUGUCGUGCAAGCAACAGUCAUGGAGGAGAGGAGUACUGGAUGAUUCAGUGGAGAUUACCCCAGUACAAGAAACACAAAACCUGGGAUGGUGAUGCCGUCCUAGUUCUCACAGGCAUCAGAGGGUCGAUGUUCGAUCUAGAAGGAAAGAUAAUGGGAGCCGGGUCCUUAAAUGCGCCAAAGGCUGAGGAAAACGGAGAGUAUCAAUUUGGAGGGAAAGAAAUCAGGAUCGACCAUCCAAUUUCUCGUGGAGAAUACAUGUCUGGAAAGUGCUAUGGUCGAGGAAGCAUGCCAUCUCCUGCAAUGACUGGGAAUAACUUCGUGAAACCCUCUUUGCGCAUCGCUCCCUUGCCGUCAACAAAGAUGAAUGUACCUUACAAGACACCAUUGAAAGCCGUAGACAAGAGGGCUAUUGAUCUUCAUCCUGUCAACCUUCUGUCUGCACGGGAUAUCCCCUCCGCCGGCUCUUCGAAAGCAAAGACGACAGCUACUUACUGGACUGCUAACUGGCGGAAGCCGCAGAGCAAGAAGCACAAGACUUGGGAUGGCGAUGCAUUCGUUAGCCAUGUCGGCGACAAGCUCACUGUGAUAUCAGAAAAGGGGAAAAUACUUGGCCGUAAGGAAUGGGAUGGACUUGCUCUACACAACGGAUACAGCUUCAGCGCCGGUGGCAAACAGAUCGAGUUGGACUCGCAAGUACCAGCAUCGCGAAUGCCUUCCAUCACUGGGGUGGAAGAUGAAGUUCCGGGGCCAGAGGAAGAUGUGCAGUUAGUGCAAUCUUCACCAUCCAAGCCCUCGUUUCUGCUUCACGCGAAGGGCGCUCUCCUUGGCAAAGAGAAUGACAUCAUAACUGCAUCUCCAGGCGCUUCAAAAGCGUUCGUGCCCCCCGCAUCGUUCUAUGGCCAGAAGCCAAAUAAGAAGCCGAAUGACCCGUUGCAUGAUCCCGAAGCAGAGGGAGCAAUCGUCAUGAAAGCGACAACCCCAGAACACGCUCGCAAGUUCAACAAGAAGAAUUUGCCCACUGUAGCUGUCGUCCUAGAUCCUAUCAUUGCAAGACAUCUUCGUCCACACCAGGUCGAAGGCCUCAAAUUUCUUUAUGAAUGUGUCAUGGGCCUGCGAAGACACGAGGGUCAAGGGUGCAUACUCGCCGACGAGAUGGGUCUAGGGAAAACCCUUCAGACAAUUGCUCUUGUGUGGACACUCCUCAAGCAGAACCCAUACGUUGGCGCUGGGCCAGCAAUCGGCAAGGCCUUGAUCGUAUGCCCCGUAUCGCUGGUCAAUAAUUGGCGCGCCGAAUUUCAAAAGUGGUUAGGGAAAGAUCGCGUUGGUGUUUUCACAGGCGACAAAAACAAGUCCACCAUUAAACAAUUUCUCAACUCGUAUUUGCAUCAGGUUCUAGUCAUUGGGUAUGAGAAGCUUCGGACCGUCAUAGACGACUUGGCAUACUGCAAUCCUCCAAUUGGCCUGGUUAUUUGUGACGAAGGACACAGACUGAAGUCAUCAAAUACUAAGACCUCGACAAUGUUUAAAUCACUACGCACUGUUCGAAGAAUCAUCCUGUCCGGUACUCCCAUUCAGAAUGAUUUAGGUGAAUUCCAUGCGAUGGUGGACUUUUGUAACCCAGGGCUGCUUGAUGAUCACGCUACAUUCCGUAAAGUUUACGAGGUUCCUAUCCUCAAAAGUAGAGUACCGGAUUGCACGGAUAAGGAACUCGAGCUUGGUGAGGCUCGGUCAGCUCAGUUAUCUUUGAUCGCGAAAAGCUUCGUAUUGCGUCGGGAAGCCAACAUUCUCAAGAAUUAUCUUCCGCCAAAACAUGAAUAUGUCGUGUUUGUCACCCCAACGCAACUGCAAUUGUCCAUAUUCUCGGCUAUUCUUAACCCCGAUAAGCUAGAUAGGCUGAUUAACGGACCGACCGCAGAAUCGCUUGUUUUGAUCAACAUGCUCACAAAAAUCAGCAAUAGUCCCGUGUUGCUCAAGGCUCAAGCAGAUAAAGCAAAAGCGACAAACACAGAUGCAAUUCGCCGCCCGGGCAUUGAUGAAGCCUUGAGUUUGUUACCUAAAGAUACCCGUGUCGACGACUUCUCCAUGAGCGGCAAGCUUCUGGCGUUGUCGAACCUUCUCAAAGUCAUCAGAGAGCGCACCCGAGAAAAAUGCAUCAUUGUUUCACAUUAUACAUCAACCCUCAAUUUGAUCGAAGCCUUCUGCAAGAAGAAAUCUUAUACUUACUUCCGGCUUGACGGUCAGACACCAGCAGCAAAAAGGCAGGAGUAUGUGAACACCUUCAAUAAAUCAUCACAACACAGCCAUUUUCUAUUCCUGCUGAGUUCAAAGGCGGGCGGCGUUGGGCUCAACCUUAUCGGCGCGUCAAGAUUAUGUUUGAUAGAUUCCGAUUGGAAUCCGAGUCAUGACCUCCAGUCCAUGGCACGAAUUCAUCGUGAUGGACAGAAACGGCCAGUUUUCAUCUAUCGCUUUCUAACUGCAGGAACAAUCGAUGAGAAAAUCUAUCAGAGACAGGUGACCAAGAUUGGACUUAGCAACUUUUAUACUAUCAAAUUCAAGGGGUCAUCUGGCUCAAAGUCAGACUCAUUUUCACGGAAAGAUCUUCGGGACAUUUUCCGAGUCCAUCCUGAGACAGGCUGCAAUACCCAUGACCUUUUAGAUUGCGGAUGCGAUACCGGUUCAAAGCAUAUCAACGACGACAUGACGGGUGUCUCGGGGAACAAUAUAGAUGUCGGUGAGGAUGACGACAACAACGACGAUUUAGCAGAAACUGGCUUCGUCAAUGCGUCGCAAGUCAAACCUCGCCAUAUCGAGAAGAUGGAUGGAGCAUACAUGAAGAAGAAACAGGCGGAGCUUGCAUCACUCGGAGAGUGGACACACAUCAAUUGCCUGCAGAGAUUGACGAGCGACAAUAUCCACGAUGACAUUCUCCGUCAUCUGGUGCCCUCAAGUGUGAGCGAAGAGAAGGAAGACCUCGCGCAGCCGCAAUCAAGGAUUGAUUCACUAUUAUCGGCCGUUGACCUGGACAACAUUACAGCUAUGGACGAAGCGACUCAAACUUUAUCCGUUCGCGAUGUCCCUGGCGGCACAAUUUCGUUCCUUUUCGAGAAGACAUCCGUCUCUACUAUGGAAGAGAAUAAUGUGGAAGAGGGCUAAAUGUUUUGAUCAUACCUUUGUUCUUGAUACUCACGACCUCCAGAUUGUCCACCCUACAUACGAUUUUUUUUCUAACAAUCCAAAAGAACUAGACCUUGAAAAAUAAUCACCUGCGAGAACUCUUGGUUUGGAUCUAGAUCUGAUCGUCAAUAUCUUUCUAAGUGAUGAAAAACAC